AUGUUGAGGGGCUUAAGAGUGUUGGAUCUUUCACAAAACAAUUUGUCAGGGAAGAUCCCAAGUUAUCUAGGCGAGCUUCAACUAGAUAUGUUGAAUUUAUCUUUUAAUAGGCUAUAUGGAGAACAAAUCCCAAGUUAUCUAGGUGAGCUUCAACUAGAAAUGUUGAAUUUGUCUUUCAAUAUGCUACAUGGACAAGUUCCCAUACAAGGAGUGUUUCGAAAUUCAGGUGCAAUUUCAAUUGUUGGAAAUUAUGAUCUAUGUGGAGCUUCUUUAUAUUUCUUCAACGAUGUCAUCUUUCAAAAAAGAAGACCUCUAGCACGCCAUCAAUCAAACAUCAAUUUUUUUAGGGUUUCUUAUGCAGAGCUUCUCAAAGCCACUAAUGGAUUCUCAAAGGCUAAUCUAAUUGGUGUUGGGAGCUAUGCUUCAGUUUACAAAGGGAUUCUUGAUCAAGUUCAGAUGGUUGCGGCAGUGAAAGUGCUCAAUCUUCAGACCAGAGGAGCUUUUAAGAGCUUCAUGUCAGAAUGCAAGGCACUAAGAGCGAUAAGGCACCGAAAUCUAUUGAAAAUUUUGAGCGUUUGUUCCAGUGUGGAUUUCCAUGGUAAUGAAUUCAAAGCUUUGGUAUAUGAAUUUAUGGCCAAUGGAAACUUGGGCAAUUGGUUGCAUCAAGAUGAAGUUGGAGACCAUGAGCAGCUAGAGGAACCUAGAAAUCUUACACUAAUCCAGAAGCUGGACAUUUCCAUGGAUAUUGCCUCCGCACUUGAGUAUCUUCAUUGUGGUUGUGAGUCGACAAUUAUUCAUGGUGAUCUAAAGCCAAGUAAUGUUCUUUUGGAUGAUGAGAUGACGAACCAUAUUGGAGAUUUUGGGUUGGCAAAAAUUAUUUCUACCGUUUCAAGCGAUAUGGCACAAGGUCAAAGCAAUUUAGUUGCAAUAAGGGGAACCAUAGGCUAUGUUGCUCCAGAUAGAAAAUCUUUUCAAUUUCCUUGGAAUUCCAUGCCAUUUAUGAAUGCUCGCAAUGUGUGUUUCCACCUCCUCAUUGUUAGCAAACCAAAGUAUGGCAUGGGGGACAUGGCUUCCACACUAGGGAAUGUAUAUAGCUUUGGGAUUCUUUUACUGGAGAUGUUUACAGGUAAGAAACCAAUUGACAAUAUGUUUAAGGAUCAUCUAAAUCUUCAUAACUUCGUUAAGAAUGCAUUGCCUGAUCGAGUCAUGGAGAUUGUGAAUCCUUGCAUCCUAUUGGAGCAUAACACAAGAAGGUGGAUUAAAGACUGCAUGGUUUCGAUUCUACAAAUUGGGGUUGCAUGUUCAAUGGAAUUGCCAAGAGAUCGAAUGGAAAUGGGGAGUGUUAUUAGUGAAUUGCAUAAGAUAAAAAAUACUUACAUGAAUGAAGGGUUGAACCAAGACUAA